AUGGCAGGAAUCGUGCACAAGAUUGAGGACACUCUGAACAAUGGAGGCAAGAAAGAUGAGCGCAAGGGUGAGACACAAGGUGGGUGCAACCAACAGGAGCACAGGGGCGGCGCGCAAGGUGAGCGCAAGGAAGGGUUUGCUGACCAGAUGAAGGACAAGAUCCCGGGGGGAGGCGGUGGCGGGCACAAGGGGGAGACACAAGGUGGGUGCAACCAACAGGAGCACAGGGGCGGCGCGCAAGGUGAGCGCAAGGAAGGGUUUGUUGGCCAGAUGAAGGACAAGAUCCCGGGCGGUGGCGGUGGCGGUGUCGGUGGGAAGGGGGAGACGCAAGGUGGGUGCAACCAACAGGAGCACAGGGGCGGCGCGCAAGGUGAGCGCAAGGAAGGGUUUGUUGGCCAGAUGAAGGACAAGAUCCCGGGCGGUGGCGGUGGCGGUGUCGGUGGUGUCCGUGGUGAAGGAGGAGAGAAAUAG